AUGUGGGGGUUUUUUGCAGCAAUCAUAGGGAAGGACGAUCAGUCCGUGCGUACGCCGCGCUUCAGUCCCGACCUUCAGAAACUCGUCUACCUAGAGAACGUGGCGAGGGGUCCAGACACCAGGGCCAUGAAACUGAUGAUGUUUAACUGGGUGACGAAGAAGUAUUCUACGAUCAUCGACAUCGUCAUGAAACCUACAGCAGAGUCAGGGUUUCCGGGGAUCUAUCCAGUCUACGUGGGGCUCCCGAAGCUGUGCUGGGCGAGCGAUAGCGAGCGAGUCGUCUUCCACAGCAGCUGGGGCAGCAGGAAGGAACUUGUCUAUGUUAGCGUGAAGAGCAAAGUGAUAAAAAAGAUAUCCCAGAAAGAGUACGGGUCAUCGGAGCUGCUGGCGAUACAGAAUGACUGGAUGGUUGUCUCCUGUUCUUCCCCUAACAGACCUCCGAUCCUGGUAGGUUCCUCUCUCGAUCUAACAGACCUCCGAUCCUGGUAG